GGGAAACCAAAUUCUAUUGUCAAACAUUCUAAUGUUUAAUACCGAAUUGAUAGUGAUAUAAUUUCCUAGUACUUUUCACAUGAUAUGUUAUGAAUUUUACAUUUGAAAAUCUAUUGAAUAUAAUAUUUUAACGUAAGUUUGUGUUGUGUUUGUUAAAGGACUUCAAUUGGCAGAAAUUGAGAAAGUUCACGAGGAGUAUGGUGUGAAGAGAGCUCUGUGAUAUUCAGAAGAUGACAAAGGGAUCGUCCGCGGUGAAACAUGGCUCCGGACGCGGAGGACUGCGAAGAGGUGGAGCGGCUGAAUGGGGAUUAUCAGGAAGAACCAGUACAUCAAGGGAGGAGAAUCCUACCCGACGAGCCGCCACCAGCACAGGCCUGGACAGAAAACGAGGAGUUGGGUCCAGGAAACGAUAGCAGAACUAACAGCCCUGGUGAGAACCGACGACUCCUUGGAAAUAAACCACUGCAGAAGACCAGCUCUCGUCUACAAGCUGGCUUAACCUUAGGAGUGUGGGGCGUGUCUAAGAAGCAAUCAAAAUGUACACCUGGCUUGAAAAGCGGGAAACUACAAGCAAAAACGAAGUUCCAAAAACGAAAGGAGAAAUUGAUAGAAGCGUUAAGGCUGCCCUACUUCAUUAUCACCAUGUUGUAUAUUAUUGGCUUGGUUCACUUCUUUGGACCAGAAGAAUGGCGGGCGAAAUUAGAAUGGGCUCCAGGUGCGUGGUGGCGUCAACCCUGGCGGUUACUUACUUAUGGAUUUUUACACGCCGGCGCCGCGCACCUCGCACUAAAUGCCUUAGUUGCUUUAGCGGUUGGCUGGCGGCUUGAGCACGAACAAGGCUGGUCGCGGGUGGGGAUUAUAUGGAUGGGCGGUGUGGCAGCGGGUGCGCUCGGCGCCGGCUCACUGCAGCCACGUGUACACGUAGUGGGCGCCUCCGCAGCGGUAUACGCAUUGCUGACCGCACAUCUUCCUAACGUGUGCCUUAGAUUUGGUCAUAUUCCACUGUGGUGGUUCCGUCCCCUUAGUGUACUAGUACUGGGGGCCUCUGAAGGCUGUUGGGCGCUCAUGCGAACACCAGACCCGCACGUCACAUAUAAUGUGGCGUGGGCCGCGCAUGCGCUAGGCGCUGCGGUUGGCGUGCCAUUAGGUUUUGUCGUCUUUAAAGGUGAAAAUUCAUCUAAACGUAUCAUCGUGGUGUGUCGCAUAGUGUCCAGUAUCAUACUAGCUGUAGGAGUUAUCGCGGCUAUUACCCACUACGUGUUCUGGUAUGACGUCGACCACUUCACUUGAUAUACAAACAGACAGCGGUCUUACAGGAUACGCCAUUGAUGUCUUCACUUCAAGGACAUUGAAGUAUCGAUGCUUAAAGUAUUUGAAGUGUCGUUCGUUGCAAUUGAUAGAGAUGACAAAAUACUCGGUAAUAUUCAGCAAGGAGAAGUCUGAAGAACGCUUAGGAUAGGCUUAGAAUAAAAAUAACAAAAGUGGAAGAAGUUAAUACUAGUCGAAAGGAAUGAACUCUACCUAACCUAAAAAUGAGGCUGGAAUGUCUAUUUACGAAUUUAUACUUUUUAUUAAACUUUUAAAGUACAAAAAGAGUGUUCUUAAAUUUAAAAAAUAAUUGUAUUAGCAGAACUAUAUCAUGAACGUAUUACAAAAGAAUAAACAUUAAGCUGAAGAUAAAACGCACAAGUCUUCCAACCAAAGAUAAUAGACGAUGAAUUGACUGGAUCUCAAAGUUACCUAAUCAUGUACUUACUACGGAUAUGAAUACUAAUCAAAGUGAUUUUAACAUAUAUAAGGCUAGUAUAUGUAGCGAACAUAAUAAUCAUAUUGUUAAAAUGAUCAAGUCAAAUGACAUUGUAACGAUAAACAUCACCUUCGACAAUUUCUAUGAAAUUGAUAACUUUGUUUUGUAUCAAAACAAUGUAUUGAUUAAGAAUGUAAUCGUUUAGAUAUAAUUUCGUUUCACAAUAACCUAGGAAUUGUUUAAUUAAAUUACCUAUACUGUCUUAAUAAUACUAAAUAUGUACAAAGUCAUGUAUUUUGUAAGAAAAUAACUGUUAAUCUUCUACUAUAGUUAUUGUAUAUGGACAAAGUUUUUAAUAGUUGUGCUUCUAGUUGAUCCAAAGAGAUUAUGUGUCUAGUCACAAACAAUUGUUCAGUAUAAAUUGGUCCGAAUUUUGAUAUUCAAAAAUUGUUGUCGAUUGUACAGACAUGUAAUUUUAUCGUACGUACUAUUUUUCUUGCACAGCAUGUGUUUGAUUUAUUGGUAUUUAUAAAUUUACAUAAUGAAUAAGUACUAAAUAACUUACAAUGUGCAAAUUGUUAAUUCACGCUGAACUCCCCCUGGUUAAGAUUUUUGAUAAAAGACCUCCAAAAGUGUUCGUAGGUUAGGGUUAUUAAUCAAAAUUUUAAAAUUUACAAAGAACUUUAUCACUUUUGUAUUAAAAUUGUUUUAAACAUUUCAUAUCUUUCUUGUGAUGCUCACGCGUUAUGUAAUUGUUUGUUAAUAAAAUGUCAUUUUUUAACUA